UGCGAGCGGCGCAUUUUAACUAGUGCUUGCAAUAUUUAAACCAGUGUGGACCGUAAAAACAAGUGGUUUUUGUCUAUUUUAUUUUUAGAUUGUGUCUUUUAAAGUAGUGGAUGAGUGAAUGUUGAGUGGAAUAUUCCAUUGUGUUCGUGCGCACUGCUAAAUUUAAUGGGCAGUAGUAUCAAGGCACCAUAAUGUUCGAGAGGUUCCUCGAGAUCGCUUUCGAGGCGGAGCUGAACACUGAGGAAGACCCUGAGCUCGAGCAGCUGGCGUGCGAGCAAUGCAACGAGGACCGCGCUACCAGGGACGCAGUCGUUGCGGAAUUGCGUUCGAUGAUAUACGAACGUGGGGAAUGCCAACCAGUAAGGAUGGACGACGCAUUUCUUCUAAGAUACUUGCGGGCCUCUAAAUUUAUUGUCCCCAAAGCGCAUAGAAUGCUAGUUCGAUAUUGCACGUUCAGAGAGCAAUAUCCUUACCUCUACCAGGAUGUGGACAUGUGGGCACUGGCGAAAGUCAGCAACGCGUACGAGGGAACCAUGUACGACCGUCCAGACAUCGGCAGACUGUCUAUCUUCAGAUUUGGUAUGUGGGAUACAAGUGAGUACCCUGUGGAAGACCUUGUGCGCGCCGGCAUGCUAAUGACGGAGAUCGGUCUCCGGCAGCCUAAGCUGCAGGUCAUCGGCGGGACGGUAAUAGUAGACCUGGAAGGGCUCACUCUACGACAUGUGGCCACGCUCACGCCUACUGUGGCUUACCAGAUCGUAACCCUGAUGGGGGUGGCGUUUCCAUGUUGCCUGAAAUCGUGCCACAUCAUCAACUACUCCUGGAUCCUCAACACAUUCUUCUACAUCUUCAAGAAGUUCAUACCGCGCAAUGCUUGGGACAAAAUCCACUUCCACGGCUACGAUCUCAAAUCAUUACAGAAACAUAUAGACUUGGAGUGCCUCCCCGAGAGAUAUGGCGGCACUUGCAAAUACUUCGCAGAUUACGGCACUUGGUUAAACAAAAUUAAAAAAUACAGAAACGAAAGUUUCGAUAAGGAUAUGCAAAAAUUGGGGUAUCUCGUAAAGCAAUAAGUUUAAUUACAAUCACAAUCUUCAAGAAGAUUUUUUAUGAAAGUUAUUUGACAAAAAGACAACGACAUGCUUAGCUACCCCAGAACUGACGAAGUUCUAAGGAAGAUUUCAUAUUUAGAUAUUAAAGAU